AAGUGAUGGAGUGAACAUCCUCAUCCUCAUCAUCAUCACCAUCAGUGGAGGAGAACCUGCCUCUGACUCUCAGACAAUCUCCAGUCUUAGGAGCCUGAGGAAGAGUCAUGAUGUCUGAUGCCAGGGUUUCCUCCGUCAUCCAGGAGUGGGCGAGCUCCUACUCGGGUCAGGUGAACCCAGCUGUCGCCUCCUCCGGGCAAACCGAGGCCUCCGCUCAGCUGUCUCACAUGGAGAUGAUGCCGUACGGCCAGGCUCAGGGAAUGCUGAGGGAGGGCGGGGAGGACAGCGUGGCCGAGCAGAUGAUGGGAAUGUCCUACCUGCCAUACUCCACGUCCUGCCUGGGCCACUCCUCAAAUGCGGCGAGCAACAACCACCACCAGAGCCACGCCAGCACUCAGCAGGACUUCUCUCCCUUCCUCCUGCCGACCCUGAGGGCCCCGCAGAACAAGAGAAGCAUCAGCAAGGACAGCGCUGAGUACCGGCAGAGGCGCGAGAGAAACAACAUUGCCGUGAGAAAGAGCCGGGACAAGGCCCGCAGGAGGAUCCUGCUGACCCAGCAGAGGGCCAUGCAGCUGCAGGAGGAGAACCAGAAGCUGCAGCUGAGGAUAGGGCAGCUGACGCAGGAGCUGGACACUUUCAAACACAUCCUGUCCCAGCGACACCCGCAGGGGGCCGAGGAGGGCGCUGCAGGGGGGUCUGGUAUCUGAACAUCUCCUUCUCAUCGACAUCUAGAGACGAGAAAAUGCACAUAACUCUGGCAGUACAGUAAAUAUACUUGGACUAUAACAGAAUAUUUAAGUUUUUCUCCUGUUGGCAAAUGUAGCCCAUGUUCAUGGUAGCUGUAAAAACAAAUAAAAAAAGCCAUAAAGAAAAGUAAACACGUUUUUUGUUUGAGACUAAAGAAAAUGCAUUGAUUAAGGUAUAAAUAAAAAUUAUGGUUUGGACUGAAUCAGAACUUUAUUUUGAGGAAAGUUUAAAACUGCUUUAAUGUAAUUACUUUAUUCAGAGUUAAAUGUAAUUGUUAAUAUUAGGUUUUUCAAAAUUAAAAAGUAAAGUUGUAACAAGUCAAAAAAAGAAAUUGUAUGGUCUUCAUGACAACUUCUUUCAGCUUGUGUCAAUGAUUUUUUUCUUCUUUAUCCAGAUAUAAAUUCCAUUAGAUACUAAAUCAUUAUUGAAGGUUUCAACAAACUAAUCGUAAAUACUAUUUGAGAAGAACAGUUUUUUUUUAAGCUGUAACAAAUUACAGUAAUUUUUUCAAGUUGAUAAAAGAACCACUCAGGACACAACGAAGACACCAUAGAUCCAGAGUAUUGUAUUAACAGUUUCAGCUCUGCCUAAUUACAGAUGCUCAACAGUGAUUGGACAGAAGCUGUUUGAGAACAAAGAUGGCAUUAUAUAUCUUUUUUAAUUACAAUAAAACAGUCUAAAAAAAAACCUGAACAUUUGACCCUUUUUCUGGAUGAAGAGAGAUUCUGAAUAUAGAGGAUCUGAAUAUAGAUGCUGUAACUAAAUUCACUGUAAACGCAGUCACCCUGAGAAACGGGACUAUAUGAUUACUGAGACUUUGCCGUGGACGGACUCUUCUGAGAUUUGGUUCAAUCUAACAAACAUUGCCUCAUCACCAUCUACCUGAUACUUCAGCUGUAUUCUGCGUGUAGUUGCCCAACAGGAGUUUCACAAUGAUAUGCGGUUUGUCAAGGAUUUAAUGAAAUCUUUCUCUGUAUAUAUAUAUAUAUAUAUAUAUAUAUAUAUAUAUAUAUAUGUAAUACUCUAAGUAGGUGCAGGGUUACUUGAAAUGAUUUUUGUAUCUGUAAAGGUGUCCCUGUCAUGUUCAUGAAUGUGUUUUAUAAAUGUAUGAUAAUACACUGUUAAAGCAAUAUUUUGCCAUGAAUGUUUUUAAAUAAUAAAUAAAUAAUUGCUUGUG